CACAAAAUGCAAUGGGAUUGUAUCGUAAGCCAACAAUCUGGAGAAGGCGGAGAGAGAAAACGAAGUCAAAGGAGAGGAGCAACCAGCCAUGGCCAGCUCUGCCGCAAUCGACGGCGUCGCAGCCGCGGCCCUCCGUUCCGUGAUGCAGCGCGUCCAGCUGGCAGCCCAAAAAUCGGGACGUGUAGCCCACGAGAUCCGAGUGGUGGCGGUGAGCAAGACGAAGCCAGUCUCUGUGCUCCGCCAAGUGUACGACGCCGGCCAUCGCUGUUUCGGCGAAAACUACGUCCAAGAACUCGUCGAGAAAGCUCCUCAGCUUCCGGAAGAUAUUGAGUGGCAUUUUAUUGGGAAUUUGCAGAGCAACAAAGUAAAGCCCCUUCUAACUGGUGUACCCAACCUUGCAAUGGUAGAGAGUGUGGAUGAUGAGAAGAUUGCAAAUCGUCUUGAUACUGUAGUUGCUAGCAUUGGCAGAAAGCCUUUGAAGGUCUUGCUCCAAGUGAAUACCAGUGGAGAAGAAUCAAAAUCUGGUGUUGAGCCCUCUGGAUGUGUGGAGCUCGCAAAGCAUGUCAGUUUGGGCUGUCCAAACCUUGAGUUUUGUGGUCUAAUGACAAUUGGGAUGCUGGAUUAUACAUCUACACCAGAAAACUUUACGACAUUAGCGAACUGCAGAACUGAGGUGUGCAAGGCACUUGGAAUACCAGAAGAGCAAUGUGAACUUUCAAUGGGCAUGUCUGCAGACUUCGAGCUAGCUAUCGAAUUGGGCAGCACAAAUGUGAGAAUUGGAUCUACAAUAUUUGGGGCGAGAGAAUAUCCAAAGAAACUAUCAAAUUAGCUGGACAAACUUGAUUUAUUUUCUUGUAAUUUUAUGCACUGAUUUUGGCGUAUUGUAGUCUUCAAACUGUAUCUUGUAAAUUGAACAGAUAAGUGAACUCGAAUAAAUAAUUUACACGAGCAUGACUGGAACUUCUGCACA